UGUGAUUUGGCCUCAGAGGCAGGGUUUCAAGUCUGGUCACAUAUAAAUGUGGCAGCACACUGAAGGUGCGCACUUGGUGACUCUUCAGGUCAAACUGCUGUUAACCAUGGCAAAGUGCUGGAGUGCCGCGUCUUUAGUGGCACUAGCACUGCUAGGAUGCUUCGUUGGGACAGAGGUAGGAGCUCAGGAGUCAUCCUGGCAGAAGCCUGUACCACAGGUUUCUCCACCGUAUCCUCAAUACCCUCAAACGCCACAGGUCCUUCCUCCUACACCGCCGAAGGUUCCUCAAUACCCUCAAACGCCACAGGUCCGACCUCCUACACCGCCGAAGGUUCCUCAAUACCCUCAACCGCCACAGGUCCUUCCUCCUACACCGCCGAAGGUUCCUCAAUACCCUCAACCGCCACAGGUCCGACCUCCUACACCGCCGAAGGUUCCUCAAUACCCUCAACCGCCACAGGUCCGACCUCCUACACCGCCGAAGGGUCCUCAAUACCCUCAACCGCCACAGGUCCGACCUCCUACACCGCCGAAGGUUCCUCAAUACCCUCAACCGCCACAGGUCCUUCCUCCUACACCGCCGAAGGUUCCUCAAUACCCUGCAACGCCGCAGGUCUCUCCACCGUAUCCUCAGUAUCCUCAAACGCCACAGGUUUCUCCACCGUAUCCUCAGUAUGAUCCAACACCACAGGUUUCUCCACCGUAUCCUCAAUACCCUAAAACGCCGCCGGUUCAACCUCCUACAUCGCCGAAGGUUCCUCAAUACCCUAAAAUGCCGCCGGUCCAACCUCCUUCACCACCGAAGGUUCCUCAAUACCCUCAAACGCCACAGGUUUCUCCACCGUAUCCUCAAUACCCUAAAACGCCGCCGGUUCAACCUCCUACAUCGCCGAAGGUUCCUCAAUACCCUAAAACGCCGCCGGUUCAACCUCCUACACCGCCAAAGGUUCCUCAAUACCCUCAAACGCCACAGGUUUCUCCACCAUAUCCUCAGUACCCUAAAACGCCACAGGUUUCUCCACCGUAUCCUCAAUACCCUAAAACGCCGCCGGUUCAACCUCCUUCACCACCGAAGGUUCCUCUGUACCCUAAACAGCCACAGAUCAAAAUUCCUCCACGACCACAGGUUCCUCAACAUCGUAAAUCACCAAAGUUUCCUGCAUAUCCUCGAGGACUUUACUCUCCCCAAGAGCCACAGCAACCACAGCAUCCCCAAGAGCCACAGCAACCACAGACCAGUGAGCCAAAGCAGCCUUCUUACCAAAGUUGUGAGGUGACAGCAGGCCAGAGAGUCCCAUGUGGAGGCUCUGGUAUUUCUGCUGCUGCAUGUGAAGCGAUUGGCUGCUGCUUUGAUGGCCGACAGUGUUACUUUGGAAAAGCAGUGACUGUCCAGUGCACCAAGGAUGCCCAGUUCAUUGUGGUAGUGGCCAAAGAUGCGACUCUGCCCAACAUUGACCUCGAGUCAAUCUCACUGUUGGGACAAGGUUAUGGCUGUACACAUAUCGACUCUAAUUCAGAAUUUGCCAUCUACCAGUUUCCUGUAACUGCCUGUGGCUCUGUUGUUAUGGAGGAGCCUGGUGUUAUAAUCUACGAGAACAGGAUUACCUCCACAUUCGAAAUUGAUGCUGGGCCUCUUGGAGUCAUUACCAGGGACAGCCACUAUGACUUGCUCUUCCAGUGUAGAUACAUCGGAACCUCUGUUGAAACUUUGGUUGUAGAGGUGUUACCAUUAGAUAAUCCUCCUCUACCAGUUGCUGCUCUGGGACCCAUCAGAGUGCACCUGAGGUUGGCUAACGGACAAUGCAGUACAAAGGGUUGUAAUGAAGUGGAUGUGGCCUAUACCUCUUACUAUACGGAUACAGAUUAUCCUGUAACCAAAAUACUGAGGGACCCUGUGUACGUGGAGGUUCAACUCCUUGAAAAGACAGAUCCACUCCUUGUCCUGACUCUUGGUCGCUGUUGGACAACCACAAGCCCCAACCCUCACAGUCUGCCACAGUGGGACAUUCUAAUAGACGGGUGUCCAUACAGGGAUGAUCGCUACUUGUCCGCAGUGGUUCCUGUUGAUUACUCCUCUCCUCUGCUGGAAUUCCCGAGCCACUACAGCCGAUUCAUUUUCAAAAUGUUUACCUUUGUGGACCCCAAUUCCAUGGAACCCCUGAGGGAACAGGUGUACAUUCACUGCAGUACAUCUGUUUGUGCUGCUGCACCGGGUCGCAACUGUGGACCAUCAUGCCAAAGACAAAAGAGAGAUGUCGAGGCUGUGAACCAGGAGACAUCUGGGCCAAAGGUUGUGGCUUCUGUUGGACCUGUGGUUAUGGUCGCACCUGAGCAGUAAACAGCACAGUGCCAAGCUCAAGAAUUUGGUUGAGAACAUUCAGUAAUAGAUUUGAAACAUUAACAUGGUUCGGUAUUAGUGGUAAAAGAAAAUUACCAUGUAGAGUACUUAUUUGUAGUGAUUGCGAAAAGACAAGUAAAGAGCCAACGAUGUGCUGCAGGACGUUUGCAUUCAAUAAAACUGUCUGUGAUAUGCUCAUCUUAUAAAGAACACCUUUUCAAUUUAAUACAAUUUUGUUGACAUUGUGUCAGCCAGGUGCCGAUUUAACUGGUAAUGUCUGAGGCUGUAUGCAGUUGCUGCGUUUUAUUGGAUUACAUUAUAUUAAAAGUGCUUCUAUUGUUUUGUUAGCCCUCAUUUAUGUGAACACAAUAUUAGAAACAUUUCUCAUCAUAAUUAAAUUCAGCACAAUACCACAACUAACUACAGCAAAAACAAUAACCACAUGGUUAAAUUAACUCCUGUGUGUCAUUUUUCUCUCUCUCAACAACAACAAAAAAGACAUUGAAUAUAGUAUUGGAUUGGACUGCACAGGAGUACCUUAUUAUUGGAAAAUCAGGGGUAUUCCAAAAUGCAAUUAAAAGAUUAAAAAGCAGUUGUUCAAACCCACAGAAGAUACAACAGAUGGGCUGAAACUGUAGUGUAUGGCCUUUUGAAACUUUUUUUCCAGAAUUUCUGACAUUCCAAUAAACAUGGACUUUUGGUACUAAUACUGAAUUUUGUUUAUAGUAAUGUUUCCA